AUGGACACUUUUGUCUCUGUUGUAACUGAUAUUUUGAGAAAGCUAGUGGAUGCCACGAUACAUGAAGCUUCUUAUUCUUUAUGCUUCACCAAGUAUAUCAAAGAGCUUGAAACAGAACAGCAUAAUUUGGAAUCCAAAAUCGGAGGCAUGGACUACUUUCCUUCUGAAGGUUUUGUGUGCUUUGAGAGUAGGCAAGUGGCAUAUGAUAGACUUAUAGAGGCAAUAAAAGAUGAACAAGUUCACAUGGUUGGAUUGUAUGGCAUGGGGGGAUGUGGCAAAAAAGUGGGUAAAGAAGCUGUGCAAUUUUUUGAUAAAGUCAUCUUUGUUGUUGUGUCCAACACUAUUGACGUUAGAAAAAUUCAAAGUGAAAUAGCAAGCCAGCUUGAUAAUAUGAAAUUGGAAGAGGAGGGGGGAUUGGGAAGAGCUAGACGCUUGUCAAUGAGGUUGACUGGUGGAGUAAAGUUUCUAAUUAUUUUGGAUGAUGUAUGGAGGACGCUUGAGUUUGAGAGGAUAGGGAUUCUUGUUGUUGAAGAUGGAAAGAGUUGCACUGUUCUUAUAUCAACGAGAAACGUUGAUGUAUGGGCAUUUGAUGAUAACUCAAUUUCCAUCAAAGGUUUGGCACAAGAAAUUACAAAAGAAUGUGGUGGUUUACCUAUUGCAAUUGCUGUUGUGGGUAGCAUGUUGAAAGGAAAACCUGAAUUUGAGUGGGAAGAAGCACUAAAAAACUUCAGAGAUUCAAGUCUAGUUGAUUUUGAAGAAGAUUCAAGAAACCCCUAUACUUGUCUUCAAUUAAGCUAUGAUAAGCUAGAAAAUGAAGUAGCCAAGUCACUUCUCUUGUUGUGUUCUGUAUUUCCUGAAGAUUAUGAAAUUCCAAUUGAUGAAUUAACGAUGAUUGGAGUAGGGCUAGGUUUUGUUGAAGUUCACUCAUACCAAAGGGCAAGGAACCAAGUACUUAUUAAAGGAAAAAAUAAGCUUAUGGAUUCUUGUUUGCUAAUAGAUGGAACUAGUGGUUGUGUCAAAUGGCAUGAUUUGAGCUAUUGUAUAGAUUUAGGGGAUGAUAAGAAUGACUUCUACCGGUUAAUGUUUCCUAUUUCAAAAAGUUUAUAUGUGAAAGAUGUUGAGAAAUGCAUGUCAAAUGCAACAAUUAAGGAUUUGAUGCAAAGAGCAGAGACACUAGAAUGCGUGAUUGACACAACACAUCAUUGGGGUCCAAUGGGAGUCAUCUCCAAUUUGACUGAACUAACCAUUAAAGGGUUGAAGAAUUUGAGAACUUUGUGUCGUGGCCAGGUUCCUUCAGGCCUUUUUGCGAAGUUAGAGUUCUUAGAGAUAUAUAAUUGUGAUUCACUUGAGCAUAUAAUAGCAGAUGAAGUGAAAGAGAUAGUUGCUGAUGGUAGUAAAUAUCAAAGGAGCAUCAGAUUUGCAUUUCCCAAAUUAAAAAGACUCAUAAUCACUGGGUGUGGUCAACUAGAAUACUUAAUGCCGGUCUCUUUAGCUCAUAGUCUUGCACAAUUGGAAUGUUUAUCCAUCGCAGAAGCUAAUAAAUUGAAGAGCUUGUUCAGCCCAUGCAUUUAUGAAGAUCCAAAUCUAGAUGAGUUUGAUAACGUUCAGUUUUUGGCUUUAAAUACUCUCUAUCUCUUUGACGUGCCAAACAUGGUAAGCAUUUGUCCGGAAAAUUAUCAUUUACAAUGGCCAUCUUUGAAAGAAUUGAGGGUGCAAAAUGUUCCACAAUUAAAGAUCAAGUCCAUCAAUUAG